AUGUUUGUGUUAACACUCUUACUUACACUUUCUUAUGCAGGCUUCGACUUAAACAAAAAAGACUAUGAUCUUUUCAAAGAGUUUGAAGUAGUCUUCAACAAAAAGUAUCUAACUCCAACUGAACGCCUUCACCGCUUUUCUAUUUUCAAAGAGAAAAUAGCGGACUGUCGACAUAGAAAUUCUCUCAGAACAUCAGAAAGCGAUGCUUACUUUAACAUCAAUCAAUUUACUGACAUGAUUGAGUUUGAAACUGGCCUUUCUCCAAAACGACUUAUUAACAUGAAAAAGAGUAAUUUGAAAAAGGACGAUUUACCCAUUCUUCCAGCAGGUAAUGUACUUCCACCUUCACUUUCAUACUGUGGCCCAUAUGUCAACCAAAAUACUGAUCAUCCCAAAAUAGACUUUUGUGGAAAGCCGAUCAACCAAUUGUCUUGUGGGUGUUGUUACGCAGCUGCCAUUGCCAAUCACGGACAAAUUAUGUAUGCCAACAUGACUUAUUACAAAAACAACAAAGACGAGAGUAAAAUCCAAAAAUUGUACUUCACUCCACAGAGGUUUAUAGAUAAAGAAUAUUCUCAGUACGGAUUCUCAAAUAAGAGAUGUUGUGGAGGUAAUUCUGGCAUUGCAAUUACUGGCAUGCCAACUUAUUCGUUACAAUCUGAUUAUCCCUUUGUGGAUGGGACAACUGAAUACUACACCAAACCCGCCCCAUGUACACCAAGAGGAGAUCAAAAUGAAAAAGUCCCCAUUUACAUGAGAAACUAUUACCCACAAGUGUUCUCUGUCAAUCAAGCGGGUUCUCAUGCAAACCAAGUAAUGGCACUAAAGAAGAUUAUACAUCACUAUGGAUCGGUUUUGGUUGCUAUUCAAGCAUCUGGAACGGGUAUUCAACAAUACCAAAGUGGCAUAUUUACAUUCCCAGCAGCGAAGUGUGAUAAACCAUUAAUCGACCACCAAGUCAUAUUAGUUGGAUAUGGCAAAGAGAAUGGCAAGGAGUACUUUAUUGCUAGAAACACUUGGGGAGAAAGUUGGGGAGAAAAUGGAGGAUUUGCUAAGAUAAGUAUGGAUGUCAUGUGUGGAAUGGCACAAGACGAUUGGAGAGGAUAUGAGUCACAAAAUUACAUCUUCCAUUCGGGUAGUUGUGUACUUGAUCCAAAUUGUGAAACUUGUAAUAAAAACACACUCAUUUGCGACAAGUGCAGAGCUGGAAGUAACCAAGAUUCAAGAGGAAUGUGUGUAGCUCCAGGACAAUAUGAUUUCAACCCAUCAAAUCCAGUUAAUCCACCUGCUGUGACUUGUUUGAGUGGGUGUGUUAAAUGCACUAAUGCUACAAUUUGCGAGACAUGUGCAGUUGGUAAAUACUUAAAAAAUGACAGAAAAGCUUGUUUAACUGCAUGUCCAAAUGGCCAAUAUCCUAACAACAAUAAAGUGUGUGUUGCUUGUUCAACUGCCAAUUGUGCAACAUGUGGUACAAAUAAUGUCUGCACUGCAUGCAAAUCUGGAUAUCAAAAAACAGCAUCAAACACUUGUCAAUUGAUUCCAUGCGGAGACGGGAAGUUUGGGACAUCUCCAAAUUGCCAGAAUUGCCUUGCAAACUGCAAGACGUGUACGAGUGGAGCUGUUUGUGAAUUGUGCACUGGAACGUACAAGCUUCAAGAAGACAAAAAGAAGUGUUUGGCGACAUGCCCAACAGGCGCUUAUGUGAAUGGCAAUUAUUGUAAGAAAUGCACUACCAAGAAUUGCAACACUUGUAACAACAAAAACGUCUGCACUAAAUGUAUUGCCGGAUUUGAAUUAACUGCGACAACCAACCAAUGCACAUCACCAAGUGGAGCGUGCGGAGAAGGAGAAUUUGGAACUGCUGGUAAUUGCAAGAAAUGUGGAGUUGCGAACUGCAAGAUGUGCAACAACGCAGAAACAUGUGAAGAAUGCACUGGCGCAUUAAAUCUCGAAUUUGGAUCGAAAAAAUGCAGUCAGAGUUGCCCAAGUGGUUUUUAUUCGGACAACCAAAAGUGCUUGAAAUGCCAAGAAAAUUGUGAGAGUUGUCAAAGUGGAGAAAUUUGUGAUAAAUGUAAAGCAGAUGUAAAAUUCAAAGUUGAAGGGAAGUGUUAUGCGGUGUGCCCUGAUUAUUACUUUGAGGAAAAUGGAGAGUGUGUGAAAUGUAAAGAAAGUUAUGAAACUCCUUGUAAUGACCAAGAGUGCAUAAAAUGCACAACUCCACAACAGAAAAAUGGAGCUACUAAAAUGCUUGGUCUAUUCAUUUUCGUGAUUAUAGUGCUAUUCAUAUAA